AUGCAGUCUUCUCAUUAUCGUGGUAACCCGGGCUAUGAGCUCCCACCCGUGCAGUCGGUGACGUCGGGCGCAUUCCCGACUCCCGCCUUGCUUUCCGCUCCGCCGAGCAGACCUGACAGCGGCAUGCGAAUGUCUCAUCUCUUGCAGCCCAUGCCGCAGCAGCUAGCUGCGCCGGCCACAUCACCAUACCCGCGAUUUUACGACUCGGCCUCUGGCUCACCAGCCGAGAGCGGUGCGCUGCCCGAUGCGCCGCCACUGGGCUCGGCCCCAGGUCUCUACCAAACCAGCCCUGGACAUGGACCACAAACCGCCGCGCAAUUACAGCAGAAGCGCGCAUACCGUCAGCGUAGAAAAGAUCCUAGUUGCGAUGCUUGUCGCGAGCGCAAAGUCAAAUGCGACGCCUCGGAGUCGUCCAGUUGCACCGAAUGUAACAAUCGCAGGGUCCACUGUCAGUUCACCAAAGAAACGAAUCGCCGCAUGUCAUCAAUCAAACAGGUCCAAGACCUAGAAAAGCAAUUACAUACCACCAAACAGCAAUUAAAGCACCUCCAGACAGGCAUGAUGCGACCCGAUCGUUUGAUCGAUGAUGAUGUUCAGCAAUCGAUGAUCAAGUUGCCUGAAAUCGAAUACCGACCCGUGCGCCGAUCCAAGGCGCCCAUUCCACAGGACUUUUCUGGUGUGCGCUCUAAUCUUCGCCAUUACGGCCGUGGGAUCAUGAAGGUGCCCCACCCUUACUGCCAACAGGGUGCAGAGUCAUUGGUGACUAGCAAUGCGCCGGAGCUGCCGCCAAAGAAUCUAGCAGAUCAUUUACUGGCACAGUAUUUCAACUGCAUUCACUCGAUACUUCCCGUGCUGCACUGGCCCAUAUUCAUCGCAGAGUACGAAAAGGUUUAUCGGUCGGGGUCGUUAUUAGGUGUCUCGAACGAAUGGGCGGCUGUGCUGUUUGGUGUAUUUGCCUGCGGUGUCAUCCACACGAACGAGCCGAAUCGGGAAGAAGAAGGCAAAAGUUACAUACGCACAUCCUGUGGGAUUAUCGAUGUUUGGCACGACCAUUUCAACCUGGAUCGAGCUCGGGCGGCGCUUCUCGCAAGCAUCUUUCUUUACGAGGUCAAUUCCAAGUCCGCUAGUUGGGUGUGGAUUGGUUCGGCGGUGCGCGUGGCCCAAGAGAUUGGGCUGCACAUCGAAUCCGGGCCGUGGCCUGCAGUCGAAGCGGAGAUGCGAAAGCGUGUGUGGUGGGGGUUAUACGCUUGGGACAGAUUACUCGCCCUGGAAAUGGGGAAGCCAGUGUUGAUCAAUGACCAAGACUGCGAUAUUGAUCUCCCCUGUCCUGUAGAUGAACAAUACAUCACAGAAAAGGGCAAUGUGCCGGACAGCCAGCAAACUACACCUCUGCUAGCUACGAUUCAUGUCGUCCGAUCCAUCGGCCAACUCACGCGCACUCUUCGCUCAGCAACCAUCAGCCCCGCCACCCUUGAAACCUUCGAACUACACUUCAAUACCUGCCUCGCGACAUUCCCCGCCCAAUUCCACCCCAAAACCGACCAGGAUCUUGACCCGCGCUCUCUCGCUCCGGUAAUAUACCUUCAAAACGCCCGCCUUCUCCUUCACCGCCACAACAUCUCCCCAUUCUGUCCAGACAUCGUACGCUCGUCAGCAAUGGAUUACUGUGUCUCCACAGCCCUCGACACAGCCAACAUCCUCGCCCGCUGUAUGCGCAAUUACCCAACUCAUCCCGGAUCGCCGGGUGUUAAUGACCCUCGAUCUCUCUUCGCUUCCUGCGCCAGCUCCCUGCUCUGCACGCACAUUUGGCGCUGUACGCUCCUCCUUCUUUUCCGCGCAGAGUACGCAGCUGCAUUGGCCUGCGUACAAGCACUCGCAUCGAUUGGCGACGUACGCGCCGUGAACGCAGCCUGCGGCCGCUAUCUCGCUUUCUUCCUGCGCCGCCUCGUCCGAAACCGUCUCUCCGAUAACCAUGCCCCUGAUAUCGACCGCGACGAGGAAAUGAUGGCCUACGUUUCGGGCGAUAUGCAGGGAACUAGCGAUGGGAGCUGGGUGUGGCAUGGAUCCGAGACAGGGUCUCAGCUGGGGUCAAUGGGCAUAUCGACGCCUGCUUCUUCAGGCCGUCAAGCUGAGCUAGAUGCCGAUGCCGAAUGGACGGGAUGGGACUGGAUCGAGAAGACCGUUCAAGAUCUCUUUACCGCACAACAUCGGUAUCAGCAGCAGCAACAUCACAUGGCCUACGGGCAAAGAGACGUUCCCGCAGGACAGCUGAAGCAGGAGCCUUCUUCCUCUUCUACUCUUCCGCCAGAACCGGUUUCUGACACAGACAGACGGUCGGGUUCGGCGCAUUCACGCAUGACGAUUGCUAGCAUUAUUUGA